AUUCAAGUAAUUCGAUUCGCCCAAUUGGAUCUUCGAUUAGACGGUAAUCAGCAGAGCAUCGAUCGAUUCGCCCCCAUCCAAUCUCCGGGUGACCGAGUUGUUGAGCUGCAUAAUUUGGCCGAACAGCCGCCUUUGCAAAAUGAUGAAAGGGUUGUUUCUACAAAUCCUUCUCUGGGUGCAGCCAUCUCAGUGGCUCCAAUAAACACCAAAGAUCAGCCUGCAACUUCAGAAACAAGUGGAUCGCUUGCCACAAUGCAUCCGUUCAGCACAUAUACCCCUCAAGAGCAACAGGGUUAUUAUAUUGGAGGUUAUGACAAUGGCAGUGGCAACUGGGAUGAAAAUUCAAACUAUGUUAAUGCCAACAACUUGCACGUCAUACCUCCAGCAAUGUACAACGAUAGUUCUUCAAUCUUCUUUCCUCCGGGCUAUGGCUAUGACUCCCAGAUGGCAUAUGGACAGUUUUCCCCGCUUGCCAGCCCUCUGUCUCCGAUAAUGAUUGAUGGUCAACUGUUUUCGCCGCACCAAAUGCCUGUGACACCUUCUUACUAUCCGCCACCACUUUCACCUGGUCUACCACAACAUGUUACUUCCGCAUUUCCAGCUCAGCAAACUGAGUUAAUGUCGUCAGGAAGUAGAGGCCAAGAAAAUCUUAUUGACAAUGCGUUUUUUGGGCAAGGAUCAGGUUACUAUCUACCAUUUGGAUCUUUUAGUGGAGGUGAUCUCUCUGGAAGUAGUGGCCAUGGUCUUUACAAGUACCAUGGCGAGUUUGGAUCCAACGAUCAAUUCCCAAGUCGAUCUAGCUCUUUAGAUAGUAACAGGUUCAUGUCUCCAUUUUCUGGCACUGUAUACCAUCAACCUAUUGGCAUACUUGGAUCUUAUGAGCAAAAUGUUGCACAGGCACCAUAUCAGGGGUUUGGUUUAACCGGAAACUCCUCAGCUAGAAAUUAUGCCCAUACUAGUCCUUACCAGAACACUAUCGGGUCUAGUUCUAACCAGUAUCGCUUUGCUAAUGAUAAAAUUGGAAGACGAGAAAGGGAGCGAGACACUUCCAAUGUUUAUGCCGAUACACUUGGUAUCUCAAGUGAUCGAAACCGAGGGCCUAGGGCUUCGAAGCCCAAAAGCAAAAGUUCUCCUGAAGAGGAUUCUUCCGCGGACAUUAAAGAUGUUGAAUCCACCUCUAAGCUCCAUGUCCACCAUCUCAAUUCUCCAGAUUUCAUAACGGAUUACGACCGUGCGAAGUUUUUUGUUAUCAAAUCGUUCAGCGAGGACAAUAUCCACAAAAGUAUAAAAUACAGUGUUUGGGCCAGCACACCACUUGGAAAUCGGAAGUUGGAUGCUGCCUAUUGUGAAACAAAGGAAAUGGAAGGCAUUUGUCCGGUGUUCCUCUUGUUCUCGGUUAAUGCUAGCGGACAAUUUUGUGGUGUAGCAGAGAUGAUUGGGCCUGUUGAUUUUGAGAAUGAUGCUGAUUAUUGGCAGCAGGAUAGGUGGAGUGGCCAGUUUCCUGUUAAAUGGCACAUUAUCAAAGACGUGCCAAACAGCCGCUUUCGCCACAUACUUCUUGAAAAUAACGAGAACAAGCCUGUUACGCACAGUCGAGAUUCACAAGAGGUGAAAUUGGAACAGGGAAUCGAAAUGUUACAAAUAUUCAAGAAUCACGACGCUGAGACAUCCCUUCUCGACGAUUUCAACUUUUACGACGAACGUGAGAAAACCUUGCUGGAGAGGAAAGCAAAACAACGGGCCAUUUCAACCACAACCGCAACAGCUACUCUUGUUGCCGAGUCAGUGAAUCAACUCUCCGAAAACCUAGCGGACACACUCCAUUUAGAUGCUAGUAAAAAUAUUUCCAACAAGGAUUUGGAGUAGCCCUUUGACAGUCGGAUAAUUAUAGCAGAUUUGGGAAUUGUUCGUAUUUAGUUUGGGAAUUGGCAGAAGAAUAGUUGCUUGCUGGGAUCUUUGAGGUGAUAUUUUCCAUUCAUCUCUGCGCUGCUCCGUCUCUGCGCCUUUCGUUUUUCUUUUCUUCUAAUUUUCUAUGUGUCGGAGUAGUUGGUGUUAUUUGGAAUCCUUAGGUAAGAGAAAGAAGGCUGAAAACUUGGACAGUCAUACUUUUUUUUUUUUUUUUUUUUUGUUUUUGUGCCGUUUAUUGCUUAUUUAUUUCUUGUUAAGAUAGGUGGUAUUCGGGCAUAGGGGUGGUCACUGGUUUCGCGUGCCUGAUGCUAACUAGUCGUACUUUUAGCUUCUUGAUUUUAGUGCAGGGCAAUUAUUUUUCGGGCAGUAGCAAUUUCUAUAAGCCUCAAAAUAGGAGGCAUUUAAGUGAAGGAAAGCACAGCUACUUGAUUACAGAAAUCAAAUGAAUAGUUGUCCUUUUUUUUUU